AUGGAGGAAAAUGACGCUGAAGAGCUCCGCGUCGAAGUCGUUGUCGUGGAUUCUUACCAGAGUAAACCGCUACCUGCGUAUGCUAUCAAGAACCUUCCUACUUCUCCUUGUUAUAUACGUGCUCGUGAGGUUCCUGUCGUACGUAUCUUUGGUGCUACACCCGCUGGUCAAAAGACACUUAUGCACAUCCAUGGGAUUUUUCCUUAUUUUUACUUUCGAGCUCAAGAUGAUGCUGAUUUUGACACUUUAAAACGUCUUCGAGCUCUUUUACCUCGUUUGGCUAAGGAUCUUGAAGCUGCUCAUGCGUUUAAACAGCAACAAAGACAAGAAAAGAAGCAGCAAGUCAAUGGUAUACAUUGUUGUAGUAAAAUUAUAGCAAAGAUGCUGAUUGUCCAAGGAACGCCGUUUUACGGCUAUCAUCCACGUCCAAAACUCUUUGUGCAGAUCUUUUUAUAUAAUCCACGGGUUGUCAUGACAGUUGUCCAACUGCUUGCGAGUGGAAAGGUCGGUGAAAGACGGUUUCAAGCUUAUGAAGCACAUGUGCCAUUUUUAAUGCAGGUUUUUGCUGAUUACAACAUUGAAGGGAUGAACUGCGUGGCGUUCAGCAAUGUCAAGUUUCGGUUUCCUAUUCCAGUAACGCAGGAUCAUCUAGUGGAGACGUCGGGAGAUUAUCGCGUUAUUCUUCUCCCGAACGUCCCAGCUGAUAGGAUCAAUGGCUUGGAUACAACAGCAUCUUCUUGCGUGGGACGGUAUGCGCCGGUUUCUCAAGCGCCGAAGCGGUGGUUUGAUCGGCAAUCCAGUUGUGCACUAGAAGCUGAUGUUGCGGCUGCAUGUAUUUUGAACCCAAAGAGGUUUGAAUCCCAACAAAAAGAAGCAGAAGGCACAGGCGAGCUACGGAAUGUGCCGUCGCUGGCAGCUAUAUGGGAAGAGGAGAGAUUACGAAAGAUGCAACAAGGUGAAAGGGGAACGCCCACGAUGUCAUUAAGCCUCCCCCGCAACGUUGAUGUAUCUACGUGUAGAGGCUCGUCAAUGAGCGUUUCACCGGCACAGUCAGCAUCAUCACUGCUGUCACAAUCAUUUUUCAAGGACAAAAUGAAGAAAUCUGUUGACACAGUGUUACAGGCAUUAACAAAGCAGAUGGAAGGACAACAGAUCAACAGCGGAUCUUCUGUUCUUGAUCAGCCACUGCCUGCUCACGAUGUGGUGUCAUGCGGAAAUUCGAUUGCCAUGGAAAGUGAAUACUCUUACAGUCAAGCUGAGAUCGAAGCCAAUGGCAAACGUGAGACGAACCAGUCAGCCGAAGAGGACGAAGCUAUUGUAAAUGUUCUCCUAGCGAUGCAGCAAGAAAGCGGCCCAGAUCAUGCAGACAGUAAAGACCGCGGAAGAAACGAUAGUGACGGAUACAACACACCCGACGACAAUGGUGAAGAAGAGAACAUUAGCAAAUGGAGCAAUCGAAAUGACGAGAUUGGAGAUAUCUUGGCAUCCCAACGUGUGGUUGAAAAGCACAUUGCAAGUCAAGCGCCCACUUUGCCAGAAAACAACGAUUGGUGGGAUGUUGCUGAACGUGAGUCUCGACCAAUCGUAAGUCCACUGAGUGACCUUGGGAGCCCUCGCGGCGUCGUCCUCCGUACUCCACAGACGCAUUUGCAGAAGUCGUCGACGAAUGCUGCUAGGUCAAUUCGAUUUGGGGUCAGUCCAGAAGAUUUGCCUUUUGUCGGUGACAUCGAAGAUCUGCUCCCGCCUCGGCCGCAAGAGCCGAUACCAUUAGCAUCGGAAGAAUCGGAUCCGGUUGAUUGUUCGCAACUGUCACUAACGCCCCACCCGCAGCCACUCCGAGUAACUCCGAGAGUUCAGGCGCCAUUACAAGCAGCAACAGGCAAUAAUCGCUUGUGGCUUUUCAGUCGCGAGCCUCCAUCCUUUUCCGAAAUUAUUUCAUCAUCGCAGAAACUUGGGGUGAAUCCUAUGCAGUACCGACCCGCUUUUUACAGUAUUGCUGCCGAUAUCCCUGACAAAGCGAUGGUAUUCGGAGGGAAGAAAUUUGAUUUUAAACCGCACAAUGCGAGCAAUUUGUUGACGUUUGAUACCGCUGCCUCGCGCCAGCUGCUGAAUCCUCUCUGCAGUGGUGGCAACAGUGACAGCACGGGGAAUAUGACUUGGUAUAAAAUGUCCCAGUUAAAGCCCUCUGAUAACCUUCAUGGAAGAGGUGCAAAGGAACGUCGUUUACGGAUGCCAGCACGAUUGCCUCCAGAAGCUAGUAAUCUUAUGGAUUGGGUGUCAAACAAUGUCAAAAGCCGCGGCAUUCCUGCAAAGACACGACGCAAGCGUGCUCGAUCAUCACUAAUAGCUACAGCCUCUCCCUCGAGUACUUCGAGCGCAUCGACGAUUCUGUCAAAUGUUACGAUACUGUCGAUCGAAACAUUUGCGGCAUCUCGUGGCAAUAUGCUACCGAAUCCUCUCCACGACCCGAUUGACGCAAUCUGCUACGCCGUAGAGGCUCAAGAGGGACCGACGAUUUCCAAGGCAAAAGAGCGCGGUUUUAUCAUGGUAAGACUGGACGACAUGAAUGAAUCAACGCCAAGAGGCGUUGGUUUGUGCGUUGAUAGCGGCGACGUAUCGGUAUCAUUUGCAUCGGACGAGCGUGAUCUCCUGCAUUCUUUAGAGGCAUUGGUAAGGCGAUGGGAUCCAGACUUUUUGGUAGGGUUUGAAGUGCAAAAGUCUUCAAUUGGAUAUCUUGUCGAUCGAGCAUCCCAGAUGAGUAUCGACCUCAUCCAGUCGUUAUCUCGUCUUCCAUCAGCACCAAUAGAUCCUCGAAAUGUGACCGUAGUUCCGGACCACGAAGAGGGCAGCCAAAAAGAAGCGUCUAUCGGUACAACGUGGGGUUUGAACAGGGCAGCUGGGCUAUGGAUUCACGGCAGAUUCGUUUUAAAUGUUUGGCGAAUGACUCGCUCUGAGCUCAAACUGCCGCGCUAUGCUCUUGAAGAUGUCGUGUGGGCUGUUCUAAAACGGCCAUAUCCCGUAUACUCAGCUGAACGAUUGACGUCAUGGUUCCGCGAAGGUGGUCAAAUGCGCUGGAAGGUGAUUAGGUACUUCCUAGAGCGAGCUACUCUUAAUCUCCGAAUUCUUUCUAAAAUGCAGCUGAUCACUAGGACAAGCGAAAUGGCUCGGUUAUUUGGGAUAGAUUUUUACUCUGUGUUGUCGCGAGGGUCACAGUACCGAGUCGAGGCUGUCAUGUUGCGCGUGACGAAGCGAAAGAAUUUCUUAUUGGUAUCACCAAGCAGAAAUCAGGUGGCUGGUCAGGCGCCGAUGGAGUGCAUUCCACUUGUGAUGGAACCACACUCGAGCUUUUAUUCAGAUCCUGUCGUCGUUCUUGAUUUUCAGUCUUUGUAUCCAUCACUUGUGAUCGGGUACAAUCUGUGCUAUUCAACUCUUCUAGGAAGCUUGAAGGAUGGGCUGAAUCCCGAGUUAGAGACAUCACUUGGAGUAGUCGAAUUCACCCCAGAUGCCACCGGACUUUUGCAAUGCAAAGACGAUAUGAUCAUUGCACCGAAUGGAACAUUGUUCUGUCCCAAAACGUAUCGACAUGGAGUUCUCCCGCUUAUCCUAGACGAAAUUUUGUCAACGCGGAUUAUGGUGAAGAAAUCGAUGAAGUCUGCAAAACAGUUCAACCAGGAUCGACUAGUAAAGGUGUUGAAUGCGCGACAGCUAGCGCUGAAAAUGAUCUCGAAUGUGACAUAUGGCUACACGGCGGCUGGGUUUUCGGGACGCAUGCCGUGUGCUCAACUGGCUGAUGCCAUCGUUCAGACUGGAAGAUGCACGCUUGAAGCUGCUGUUCGACUGAUAGAAGGGUGCUCAGAAUGGAAUGCCAAGGUGGUGGUGUACGGCGAUACCGAUAGUGUCUUUGUUCUAUUGAAGGGAAGAUCCAAAGAAGAUGCCUUUCGAAUCGGACAAGAAAUCGCUGAUGCGGUUACUGCUUCGAAUCCAAGACCUGUGACGCUUAAGUUGGAGAAAGUGUAUAUGGGCUGUAUACUUGUAUCUAAAAAGCGGUACGUUGGCAACAAAUUUGAGUCACCAACACAAGAGGCUGGUGUUAUUGAGUCAAAAGGGAUCGAGACAGUUCGACGCGAUUCAUGCGGGGUCGUUCAACAUGCAAUGCAACAGUCGCUGGAGAAGCUCUUUGAAUCGUGUGACUUGUCCAAGGUGAAGGAGGGAUUGGAAAAAUACUGGCUGCAAAUUCUGGGAGAUCGAGUACCACUGAAAGAGUUCAUCUUUGCUAAAGAAGUUCGCUUAGGGACCUACGUCAGUGGAAGUGCUCCUCCUGCAGCACUCGUCAGUAUAAAAGCUAUGGGAAAAGAUCCACGAGCAGAACCACGGUAUGCCGAGCGGGUACCCUAUGUUGUAGUAAACGGACCUCCCGGCGCACGGUUGAUGGACUUGGUUGUGUCACCGGAUGAGUACUUCGACAAGCACAAGCAUUAUAGUGUCAAUCAUCAUUACUAUAUCACCAAACAGAUCAUUCCAAGCCUUGAGCGGCUUUUCCUGUUGACUGGAGCCAAUAUUCGCUCGUGGUAUGCAACCCUGCCUCGGUCGUCCGUGAAAGCUCGUCAACAAGCGUAUGACAGCGUCACGUCAACUCGACGUGGUUUUCGAUCUAUCGACUCAUUCUACAUGAGCAAGCACUGCCGACUUUGUGGGUCAAUUGGGAACGACACGUUGUGCAAAGAGUGCAUUGCCGACCCACAGCGAAGUCUGCUAGCAAUUCACACUGCGUCUACUCGACACGAAAAGGCUAUGAUGGCUCUCAAAUUGGCAUGCACCACAUGUGCAGACCGAGAUGCAUUUAUUAGCUGUGGCAACGUCUUCUGUCGCGUGUGGAAUCACAUUAAGCUAUUUGAGACAGACCGAUCGACACUUUUGUAUCAUGAGCGACAGCCAGAUGCGAAUUGA